AUGGCUCCAAUCAAUUUGGCGUUUCUCAUGGUACCCUAUCAAACAAUCGACGCUGCUAUGCCUCUGGAUGUUCUGAGCUCAUGUGAACCAGUUGAGCUCACCGCUGGAUUCAAAGUGGUACCGACGACCACCAUCAAAGAUUGUCCACCACUCGAUUAUCUCCUCGUUGGUGGCCCGAUACCAACCUACCAACUCUCUGAAUCUUUCAAAAGCUUUAUCCGUGCCCAUGUUGAAGCAGGCAAGGGCCUUUUCACUAUAUGUACUGGUGCCAUAACUGUUGCUCAGACGGGAAUAUUGGAUGGAAAUAUAAGGAUUCAUAAUAAGUCCACUAAAUCACUUAUUAAUAUCUUACUAAAUAAGGGAUAUCUUGAUGACUAAUACACAUAUAAUAUGAUCUUAUAUUAUAAAAUCAUAUUAUAUAUAGUUGUAUAAU